AUGCAGCACGGAGACGCAGUAAAGCAGCAGGGGGCCCUUUGUGUCUGCAGCAGUGGAGAGAAUGCAUGCGCUGCAGCAGGCAGCAGCAGCAGCAGCUGCAGCAGCUGCAGCAGCAACAACAACAGCAGCAGCAACAAGAGCAGCAGCAGCAGCAGCAGCAGCAGCAAAAGGGUUUCUGUAUUUUCAUCGUCGUUGUAUCGACCUGCUGCUGUUCUCGGUCAGGGCCUGCUGCAGCGGCAUAAUCACCAGCAGCAGUUGCUGCUGCUGCAGCAGCAACUGCAGCAGCAGCUGCUGCAGCAGAAAGGACAAAGGGCCUUCUUUCUUACUUAUCUGGGGGCCCCCAGCGCGUUGCUGCUGCGCUCCCUCAGCAGGGUACUAGCAGAGGGGCCCCUCAUAUCUAGGGCCCCCCAUGCUGCAGCAGCACCUCCUUCCUCCCCCGAUGGUUCUGCUGCUGCUGCUGCUGCUCCUGCUGCUGCUCCUGCUGCUGCUGGUGGUGCAGCAGGAGCAGGAGGAGCAGCAGCAUCUGCUGCUGGAUUGGCUGGUCCGGGAGCAGCAGCAGCAGCAGCAGCAGCAGCAUCUGCUGCUGCUGCUGCUGCCUCAAGUGUAUCCAGAGGGAGAGAGGAGACAGAUGCAGCAGCUGCAGCAGCAGCAGCAGCAGCAGCUGCAACAGCAGCAGAGGGAGUGUGGGGCAGCUGUCUCCUCGAUGGCGCCUCUUCUUCUUUGUCUCCUUCUCUAGAGAGGGGGGGGGCCCCCCACAUAAAUAAAGUAAAUGCUGCUGCUGGCUGCAGCAGGCAGCAGCAGCAGCAGCAGCAGCAGCAGCAGCAGCAGCGGCUGCUGCAGCAGCAGCGGGAGCGGGGGGCCCCUGCUGUGUCGCUGGGCUGCAUGCAAGAGUCUUUGCUGCACCUUGGCGGCAGCAGAACAAAACCCAGCAACAGCAGCAGCAACAGCAACAGCAGCAGCAGCAGCAGCAGCAGCAGGAGGAUGGGGGCCCCCCCCUCAUAUCGCCUUGGCUAUUCAGGGGGCCCCUCUCGUGCCUUUUCUGCUGCAGCAUUUGCUUCUUCUUUGGAUACCCAACAGCGCAAUCGAUAUACCAUGGGGGCCCCCUCAUCUUUGGGGGCCCCCCUAGGGGGCCCAGAUACCCAACAGCGCAAUCGAUAUACCAUGGGGGCCCCCUCAUCUUUGGGGGCCCCCCUAGGGGGCCCCCCUCCCCCUACCAGUACCCUGUCUGCGGGGGGCCCCCCAAGGGGGCCCCCCCCCUCUACCAGUACCCUGCUGUAUGCGGGGGCCCCCUCCCCCCCUAAUAAGCGGGCCCCCUCUCCUCCUGCUGGUCCCCCCUAUUCUAUGGGGGCGGCCUCCCCAUGCAUGGGGGCCCCCGCCUCCAGCAUGGGGGCCCCCCGCAUGCAUGCAUGCAUGCAUGCACGGGGGUUUAGUAGUUUUUCUAGCGGUCGUCGUUGCCCAUAUGAAGUAUUGGGGCUGAGCAGGGGGGCCCCCCUGGCGGAGGUAAAGAAAGCGUUCCGAGAGAAAGCAAAGAAAUACCACCCAGACCUCAACCCCAGCCCCCAAGCCAAACAAACCAUGGCUGAGCUCACCGCGUACGUACACCCCACACACAUCAAUACCCUACACAACAACAUACACACAAUGGGGGCCCCCAGGGGGGCCCCCAGAAGGGGCCCCCAGCAGGGGGUGUAG